GGGAGCGGCGCUGGGCACGGCGCUGGGCACGGCGCUGCUGGCGAGGCUGGGCCUGGUGCUGUACGGGCUACACCAGGACGGCGCCAUGCGUGUGCGGUACACCGACGUCGACUACCGGGUGUUCACCGACGCGGCGCGGCUGGUGACUGAGGGGCGGUCGCCCUACGGACGGGCCACCUACCGCUACACCCCGCUGCUGGCCUGGGUCCUGACGCCCAACAUCUACUUCGCCGAGGUCUUCGGGAAGCUGCUCUUCGUGGCGGCGGACCUGGCGGUUGCUGUCAUCGCCUACUGGGCUCUGCGGCGCCGGGGAACCACCGCCGGCCAGGCCUGUGGGUGCUGCGCCGCCGCCUGGCUCUUCAAUCCGCUGCCCAUGGCCAUCUCCAGCCGGGGCAACGCGGAGGCCCUGGUGGCACUACUGGUGCUCGCCACGCUGUAUUUGGUGGAGGGCGGCAGCGUAGGGAAGGCCGCGGUCUGCUAUGGGCUGGCUGUGCACAUGAAAAUAUACCCGCUGACCUACGCGCUGCCCAUAGCGCUCCGCCUGCAGAGUAAAGCGUGUGGUGGGAACCCAAAGUUUCCAUUAAUAGGGUACCCCUGGCGGCUUUUGAACCGCGAUGUGCUGCUUUUUGGUGCAGUUGCUGGAUCUGUACUGGCUGCCUUGACUGUUGUGUUUUACCACCUCUAUGGCUGGGAGUUUUUGGAGCAUGCCUACCUCUACCACCUGACCAGGAGGGAUAUCCGUCAUAACUUCUCUCCCUACUUCUACAUGCUGUACUUAACUGCAGAGAGCAAAUGGAGUUUUGCCCUUGGGCUUGCAGCUUUCCUGCCUCAGCUGCUUUUGCUCCUGGUUGUGUCCAUAGCAUUUUACAGAGAUCUUGCCUUCUGUUGUUUCCUUCACACUGCAGUUUUUGUGACUUUCAACAAAGUGUGCACAUCCCAGUACUUUGUCUGGUAUCUCUGCCUUUUGCCCCUCAUAAUGCCUAGUGUUAAGAUGUCCUGGCAUCGUAGUGUGCUGCUUCUCUUCCUGUGGCUUGUUGGACAAGGCCUGUGGCUUGCUCCUGCGUAUUUUCUGGAGUUCAAAGGCUAUAACACUUUUUUACUUAUAUGGUUGGCAGGCUUACUUUUCCUUCUUAUUAAUAGCUUCAUAAUUGUUCAGAUUAUUUCACAUUACCAAAAAGAAGCACACAUUGAAAAGAAACUCAAACAGCGGUAAUGGGCCAAAAUCUAGAAACAGCUAUACUGGCCUUGAUAAGGCUUUUCAUACCACCAGCACUGUUUAAUAUCAAUGUGUGUACAUUGUACUAAAACAUGCUGUAUGUAAGUGAUACUGUAUCGGGGCACUGAUUGGUCUUAAUUGCCCUGAGCAGCCCCCGUCCUCCCCUGAGCAGUGGCUGCAGGGAUACCUGUCUCUCCUGUGGACCUUUAAACUACAUUGUAACCUCUCCAGCACUGUCUUCAGCCCUGUUUCCUGCUGCUCCUGACAGGACUCACUGGAAGGACCCUGGACCAGUUCAUUACUUACCCAUAUGGCUGAGGCUGUGGGUGGACUCUGUUACCAGCACCUGUCUUCAUCUGCCAUCUCCAGACACAGUGUGACGGUGCCCUGGCUAGUGAGGGUAUGGCAUGUGAUGAGGUCACUGCGGCUCCUGCUUGUACCUCCUCAUGGGACAAACCCAGUCUUCUUACUCCCUGGCACACGUUUUCACAUUGUUACUUUGCUUGUUGAGGACUGUGACCUCUGUCUAGGAAAACACAGAAGACUGUCAAACUUCAACGUCCCCUUACAGUCUUGUACAUUCCAGUAAGUCAGUGGGGCAUUCUACAAGGGUUAAGCUAAUGAAUUAAUAUAAGGCAAUCACUGAAUAUGUACGCUGGGUUUUAUGUUUUCUUUUCAGAGUAACAUUUUAGCUAUACAAUGUUUGUGGCCUGUAACUGGUGUUUUUUCAGUGAAGUAGGAAAGAAAGUGGUUGUUUCAUACAAAUCAUUAACUCCUUGAAACCUUUAUUGCUUGGAUUUUUUUAACAGAUUUGUUCCCCUUGCCAUAGAGCAGAUUUUUCCAAAUACCUGUCUUAGAUCACAGAGAUAUAUAAAGCAAAAAUAGUUAUGUUCCUUUCUGCCAAGAUCUAGAAAAUAGGCCACUGCCUUGUUUCUUUGGGCAAGUCUUGCAGAUGGGGCACUGAUUUCCUUCUGGAUUUUGUGAAGGAAGAAGGGCUUCUAACACCAGUUUGUUUGCAUCUUCCACAAGAUGUUUAUCAGUCUAAAGACUAUUGGCAGAGCUUGCUUCCACACACAGUUUAGUGUGUAGUUUUAUAUUGAUCAUUAAAACAUUUUGUAUGUGUUAUCAAGGUGUCAAGAGAAAGUGACCCAUGUGGGACAUAUAUUUUCCCAUAUAGAGUUUACCAUGCCCAGUUAGUGUUUCACCAGAAGACUGAAGAGGCUCAUCUGUGCCGAUACCUCUACCCCAUCCCAACAUGCAGCCCAUAGCUUGUUUUCCCUCACAAGUGAUCUUCUAUUACCCAUUAUAUAUUCUUGUGUUGCAGAGAGCAUAUUUUCUUUCUCCAAAGCAGAUUAAUACCCCUUUAACAGACCUACUUAUGCCAUUUGCAGACCUUCCCAGUUCCCCAUUUUUUACUUCUGUCAGGAAAGAAACCACAUGAAGCCAAAAGGCAUUUCCAGCCUUAUAAACCUAAAAAAAAUAAAUAAGGUGGCAUUUUGAGUUAGUCUGUCCGUGACAGAAUUGUUACGGGUUUUAGGUAACAAAUAAUUUCCUAUGACAAAUUCAUUCUCAAAUCAUUAGUAGUAGCUAAAAGCUAAAUCUUUUUGAGGCCUUCAGAAGGCAAGUUCUUUAGCAACAGGGGCUGUAGAGCACCUUCCAUUUGCAGGUCAAUGCCUGCCCUUUAGCAAUGAUUUGAGAAAAUCAUGCAUAAAUAAGUUAUAAAAAGGUUUCUAUGUAAACUUAGAUUUACAGUCAUCAAUUUAAUAAUCCAGUAUGAGUCCCUCUUUUCACUGUUGUUUUGUGAGCUAGUCAUUCAGGUAUGCUUGGGAUUUAGAAAUAAUUCAGUGACUCAUAAAAAAGCUGGAUGAAAGAAAUGAGCAAAGAUGACAAAAAUUUGUAGUUUUUUUAAUGGUGUAAGUCAAUAGUAUCUUGUUUCAGCAGAAUUCUUCAUGACUCUCUGGCACCUGCUGAGGGAGGCAUGGGCUGCACAAGCAAAAGUUGCUUAUUGGAGGGAUUCUUACAUAAUGCCUAGAUAAAGCUUUAGUUUCAGCCUCUUAUUCAUAGAGCAUAACUUUGAGCCUUUAGCUUUCUCUUCAAAUAAAACAUUAUAUAGCUUGCACUUAAAGAAAUGAUUGGUAAGAGAUCCUCGCUACUUCCUGUGGAAGUUGAUGGGGAAGCAAGCUAGAACAUCUGUGGAAGAAGUAUUUGAAUGGAAUGUCUGUAUCUGAUUAUACAUGAAGACAACUCCAGCCUUGGAAAGGAACUGUAAUGAAGGCAAACUAAGCAGUGAGCCCAUACUAUGAAACCUGUAUUAUUUAUGUGAAGGGUAUUUUAUCAAGUGUGCUUUCCCUUUUACAGGAAGAAAAUGGAAUCUUGGUAGCAGUUGUCAAGUUGAAUGAAUAUGACCUUGCUUUCUUCACAUUAUUGUAAGGGCAUCUAUGGGUUCUUACAUCAUACAGUAACACUUGUGGAGUUCUACAGGUGUGACCUAUAUAAGCUGUUAAUGGGAAACACUGUUGGUAUAGCAAGAGAAUAUUAGUUAGCAGUCACUCUGACACUGCUUUUUGAAGGUUAACUCAAGUAAAAUCUGAUUUCUGCACAAGUCAGCAGCUGUGUUAAUAGAGAUGGUACUGUUUGACAGUAAUUUGCCAAGUAGAGCUGCACUCUGUGGUUCACAUGCUUCCACUCUGUGCAAAAGAACAUUAAUUCAAAUCCCUUGGUGAUCUGGCAGUUGACAUUUUUUUAACCUAUCCUGUGUCCCUCCCAGUGAUCCAGUAGAUUGAAUUAGCCAGGAAGCAGGAUUAGAAAAUGAAGUGCAAAACAGAGAAUGUUUAUCUUUCCUUUAUUUUUUCAUAUUGUAUAAUGUGAAUAUGUUGAAAAACUAAGACGAUUAGGUUUUGGAGAAGUCCCAUUUGAGCUAGUGUUAGAGGACUUUGUUAAUGUAAGGUAUUUUACACAAAAGCACCUGAGUGAAAAUUGACUGAAUGGGCUACAUGGGGUUUUGUGAAAUGAUAAUAAAUCUCCUGAUAGUUUAUGUCA